AUGGAUAGCAGCCAGAGCACGACUAUUUCCAACGGCACCUCCCAACGUCGCAGGCUCACCAAGAAGCCGCCCUCGUCCUACCAGCAACACACCCGUUCCUCGAGCGGUCUCGAUGGUGGCAUCGACGCCCUCUCUCUCCAGAGCAAACGCAGCUCUACAUCGCUGAAGCGCGCUCCUUCCGCUCCACCAGCCCGGACGACCCCUUCAAACGCGCCAGCAGCUGCUUAUUCUUCUGCUUCCGCUUCGGCCUCUGCCUCUGCUUCUGCUUCUGGCUCGGCACAGAGUUCUGGUAUUCCUCUACCCGGCGUUGCUUCUUCUGCCGCUUCCAACAGCUCUUCGCCCCAUCACCUUCCAUCAAGUCAGACGCACCUCCCCAAUCCUUCCCCCAUUCUGCCUCAGGGCCAGUUCGCCGCCGUCGCUGGAUCUGCUGCUCCUUCCCCAACUGCCUACCACCACCCCCAGCUCCACGCCCAGGCCCAGACCUCCUCCUCCACCUUCCACGCUUCUUCUGCUGCCGCUGCCGCUUCUGCUCACGGCCACGCCCAAACCCACGCCCACGCCUUUUCUCCUCACCACCAUCAGCUGCACUUCAAUCACCAAAACAAUUUCUACCAAAACAACAACACCAACAACAGUCCUGUAGGUAACGGUUUCGCCGUCGGCAUCGCCCACAGCACCGAUCGCCCGCUCGAUCCCGCCGCUCCCUCGCCUUUGUCGUCACAACCCCACGACGAAUUCAUCGGCGCUCCCUUUGACGGUGCUGCGGUCCUGAACCGCAUCGAGCAGACCAAGUCGCCUGUCGCCGGUCAGCAUCCUCACUUCAACACCCCCAACUACCACCGACACAACGCUCCCGCCCCGCUCAUCAAGUCGGCGACCGAUUCGCGCAUCAAGGGCCCCGCCCUGAGACAGUCCCAGAGCUUCACGAACGAUUCCUCCAUGAUGAACGAAAAAUCACAAGGCGGACGGGUGACGGAGAACUCAAUGAUCAGCCCCAAGAGAUAUUCAGACGAGGCAAAGGAGCCCCGCAUGGGCGUCCUGCGCAAGAAGUCGGGCUUCUCUGGCUUCAUGAACAGCCUCGUCGGCACCCCAAAGAAGCCAGUCAUUUCAGCGCCUGAGAACCCCGUCCAUGUCACCCACGUUGGUUACGACAGCUCUACUGGCCAGUUCACCGGUCUCCCCAAAGAAUGGCAGAGAUUAAUCAACGAGAGUGGAAUUCCCGAGAAGGAACGUAGGGAGAACCCCCAGACCAUGGUUGACAUCAUCACAUUCUACAAGGAAACGACCGAGAAGCCAGCCGAGGAUCAAGUUUUGGAGAAAUUCCACGAUGCUAGAGCGCCUGACUACCGUCAGUAUGCAAACGCGAACUCGCCGUCGGGUGCCAUGUCGCCGGGCAUGUAUCCGCCAACCACUUAUAUGGGAUCUUUCGAAAACCCCCGCCAGCCGCCGCCCGUCCCUGGAGUUUCGGGAGGCAAAGGCUCCGGCAAGGACAUCAAUCUGAUGCCCAGCCGCCCGGCCCCGAAGCCCCCCGUUAGCAUGCCCUCGUCGAUGAGGUCCGCUCCCUCCAACUAUCCCGGCAAGGACUCCGGCAUUGGAAUGUCUCAGCCCGCCGAGGACCUACCCCCGGUCGCCUAUCAGCCGCCCAAGGAGAGCAACGUUCCCAUGCUACCCGAAGAGCAUCGUGGAGAGCACCGAUCUCGAUCCCGAUCCAACUCGCGUGCUGGCGCCCCCGCCGGUUACGUGCCCCCCACGCCUAACCCGCAGACAGCCCAGGCGAACGUUUACCAGCAGCAACUCAUGCAACAGCAGCAAGAGCAGGCCCUAGCUCAGGCCCAAGCGGCCAUGUCUGGCCAGAUCAGCCGUGCCCCGAGCAAGAGACAGCCCGCCCAGCAGCCGACCCCACCCCAGUCGCAGCACCAAUACGCUCAGGGUCCCACGGCAAACGGCGGUCCCGGUCAGCGACAGCAAGUUGGUGUCCCUGGCGCACCUGGUUCCAGACCCAGACACCGACCCCGCCAGAGCACCGGUAUCGAUGUUGUCGCUGCUCUCAAGCGCAUCUGCUCCGACGGCGAUCCUCGCGAAGUUUAUAAGAAUUUUAACAAAAUUGGCCAAGGCGCGUCAGGCGGUGUCUACACCGGCUACGAGCGAGGAACCAACCGUCUGGUCGCUAUCAAGCAGAUGAACCUCGAACAGCAACCCAAAAAGGAUCUCAUCAUCAACGAAAUCCUUGUCAUGAAGGACAGCUCACAUCCCAAUAUUGUCAACUUCAUUGACAGCUUCCUCUGCGGAGGUGAGCUCUGGGUUGUGAUGGAGUUCAUGGAGGGCGGUAGCCUUACUGAUGUUGUCACCUUCAACAUCAUGACUGAGGGUCAGAUUGCCUCCGUUUGCAGAGAAACACUUAAGGGCUUGCAGCACUUGCACUCGAAGGGAGUUAUCCACCGCGAUAUCAAGUCCGACAACAUUCUCUUGUCAAUGGAAGGCAACAUCAAGCUGACUGAUUUCGGUUUCUGCGCAACCAUCAACGAGGCCCAAAAUAAGCGCACCACUAUGGUUGGCACGCCUUACUGGAUGGCCCCGGAAGUUGUUACGCGCAAGGAGUACGGGCGCAAGGUGGACAUCUGGUCUCUGGGCAUCAUGGCUAUUGAGAUGAUUGAGGGAGAGCCGCCAUACCUGACCGAAUCACCUCUUAGAGCGCUGUGGUUGAUCGCUACCAACGGCACACCCCACAUCAAGGAGGAGUCCAACCUGUCAGCAGUCUUCCGGGACUUCCUGUACUUUGCCCUCAAAGUCGACCCCGAGAAGAGAGCCAGCGCGCAUGACCUCCUUAGACACGAGUUCAUGAAGGGCUGCGUUGACCUUUCUCAAUUAUCGCCAUUGGUACGUGCCGCAAGAGAAGCUCGGCUUGCCGAGAAGGCUAGAAAGGGACAGUAG